GUAGGAUCGCUUCCCAACAUGAAUUGGAUGAAGCAUUGCGUCUCUAUGAACUAGAAAAGGAUACUGAAAUAACUAUACAUGCGUUUGCGCAUUUCGUGGAGUAAAGCGCGUCGGGCGGCGGCAGUAGUUAACGAAUCCCGCGACAGCAGUCGAUAUUCUUACGCGGACCGAUUAGCUACGAAGUUUUCUCACGCAAGUACGUUUGAACACUUAAUUCAUACGCAUUCAGACAUUAGAAGAUAAUUUAUAAUUUGUCCAAAAAGACACGUAAAGUAAAUAAAACCACGAAACGAAUUAAAAAUACGAAGUAAAGAAAGCGAAAACUUCGAAUUGAGGCAAAAGAGAGAGAUAGUAUUAUACGUUGAUUAGCCUGAAACGUGUAACGAUAACAGAGCACUCCUCUUAGUUCGCGGUGGAAGAUUUCAAUGGUCGCCAAUUCAUGUCGAGAGCUGGUGACAUCACAGCUUUAACAAUCGCUGUCGAAGAGGUAGCAAAAGUGGCGAUAAACCAGCAUCGAUCGCGCUGACUCGUCGCAUUCUCAGCCGGGUUCUCCUGCAAGAGGUCGGGCCACGGGUAAAAGACAAGGACAGUGAUUAUUGGAGGAGCAAGAAGGAGAGAGACAAUCCGGGCAAAGAUAUCCAGUUGAAACGAGACAGAGAUAGAGAAAGAGCGUGCGCACCUACCUCUAGGAAGGAAAGUAGGGAAAAUUUGGGGUGGGAGUUAGAGGGUAGUAGCGAGCAAAAGACGGGAGCCAGUAGUGUAUUACUGCUGGACGAUAUUAGACAGCCAGGAUAGACGAAACAAAAAUACUUCAAGAUAAAUACUACUAAAUUAAAAUGGCGUGGGGCUAUUGGAGCGCAACGUCGGUCAGCGAUCGGGGUCGGUCGCCGCGUCGCGAGAAAGAUAAACAACAGCAUCAAACAUUGCAUCAGCACCAGCAACAACAGUAUCACCAAGCUGAGACGGGAAUUUCACAGGGAAUGUACGGUGUGCAGCAAGUGCAAGGUGAGCUCGCUGGCUCCUCCUCUGUCGUGUCUACAGGGCCUGCUGUCGCAGUGGAGGAACCACCCUGCAGUAUGAUGAUACAGGGUGGUUCCUUCUAUUCUUACUCCGCGGCUACAGCGGCUGCGGCUGCAGCUGCUGUUGGGCGAAGGAUUCCUGGCGUCGAAGGAGGACCCUCCACCUCAUCCACUGCUAUCCAAAUCCUACCACGAGAUCGACCAAUCAAAUCGAGCACCAGCACCUACCCGCCGUCGCCCAGUAGCGACUCAGCGGAAUACGAACAGCCUAUUGCCGGUUUGAGAACAGAAUGUUCGCCUCAUAACAGUCCUCGUGACGAUAUAUUCGCGCAGCCUGGAACCUCCUCGUCCAGGAUUAAGUUACUCUGCGAUAAAGGCAUCGAUGAUACUUCUGAGGUUGAUAUCGAUGAGGUUACUGCAACAGAGAUGAUGUACGCGACCGCUAAUCGAGGUAUAGGGACUAGUACAUGUCGUGUUCACGGACCGUGUAAUCCUCAGCCGGAUUCUGCACCGACUAUGCCAUCUUUGAUCGAUGAUACAAGCGGAUCUUCGCAGUUUUGGUUCAACGACAUCACCUGGGAUCAAACAAAAGUGGCAAAGAAAGUCACGUUAACCGUUGUAAAUUUUUUCCUAAUGUGCCGCCUGCGCCAGGAAUGCCCUGUCAAGGAGAAGACACGAGCGUUUUGCGCGUUCUGCCAGGAUCGGAUUUGGGGGCUAGGUCGGCAGGGGUUCAAAUGUAUUCAGUGCAAGCUACUGGUGCACAAGAAAUGUCACAAGGUGGUGCGCAAACCAUGCUUGAGUGUGCAACAGCAACAACAACAGCAGAUGCCAAGCACCGAAUCGCAGACGAUCGACAGAAACGGCGAUCAACAACAGCUUGAUUCUGUUCAAUGCAGCCCAGUAGCUCAUCUAGAGGAUGAGAUACCAGAGUCGCCAAUUAUUGAGGAGCAUUCACGCAAUCGAACUGGAAGUGAAGAAAGGGAGGAAUUGCCGUUGGAUACAUUAAAUGAUGCUGAUAAUUCAAAUGAUAUGCAGAGGCAAUACUCGUUAAAUGAUUUCGAACUGAUUAGGGUAAUCGGUCGUGGUUCCUAUGCGAAAGUUUUGAUGGUAGAAUUGAAGCGUACAAAGAGGAUUUACGCGAUGAAAGUAAUUAAGAAGGCCUUAGUAACUGAUGACGAAGACAUCGAUUGGGUGCAAACGGAAAAACACGUGUUUGAGACCGCCUCGAAUCAUCCAUUCCUUGUGGGACUUCACUCCUGUUUUCAGACACCCUCUCGUCUGUUCUUCGUGAUCGAGUUUGUACGCGGUGGUGAUCUGAUGUUCCAUAUGCAACGACAACGCCGUCUUCCGGAAGAACAUGCUCGAUUUUAUGCAGCUGAAAUUAGUCUGGCUUUGAACUUUUUGCACGAAAAAGGUAUCAUAUACAGAGAUUUAAAGUUAGACAACGUACUACUUGAUCACGAAGGACACGUGAAAUUAACUGAUUACGGAAUGUGCAAGGAAGGUGUUAGAGAGGGUGAUACAACCGCUACGUUCUGUGGCACUCCGAAUUAUAUAGCGCCUGAAAUAUUGCGGGGUGAAGAUUACAGCUUCUCUGUAGAUUGGUGGGCACUUGGUGUACUUCUGUAUGAAAUGCUUGCAGGUCGCAGCCCAUUUGAUAUCGCGGGCGCGUCGGAAAAUCCAGACCAAAAUACCGAAGAUUAUCUAUUCCAAGUUAUUUUGCAGAAAACAAUUCGUAUACCAAGAUCGUUAUCGGUCAAAGCAGCAUCUGUGCUUAAAGGUUUCCUUUGCAAAGAUCCAAACGAAAGAUUAGGUUGUGGUAAAAGGCCAACUGCUUUCCUUGAUAUUGUUGCUCAUCCCUUCUUCAAAGCAAUAGAUUGGGAAAUGUUGGAGCAGAAACAAGUAACACCACCUUAUAAACCAAGAUUAGAUUCUGAUCGUGACCUAGCAAACUUCCCACCAGAAUUUACAGAUGAACCAGUUCAUUUAACACCGGAUGAUCCGAGAGUGAUCGACAAGAUCGAUCAAAGUGAAUUCGAAGGCUUUGAGUAUGUGAACCCAUUACUUAUGUCUUUAGAAGACUGCGUGUGACAAGAACCGCUUGUUAUUGUGCCACGUCAUACUCAAAAUCAGCAACAAUUACAGUCAUGUUACAUGUACGAAUUACAAGACAAACUUGCAAAGCUUCGAAUCGAUCCCCUAUUGAACAUCGGCUCAAGAAAUCGAGGUUAUCAUAACAAUGUUUUUUUAAUGACAUACUCCGAAGAGAAUGAGAACGACAAUAAUUAUAACGAAUAUCGGUUAUCACCACCGUUUCCA